AUGGGGAACUCCUACGUUUCGGGAAAAUCGACAAGUCAAGGUUUCUACAGACAGCACGAACCAAACUAUGCUCCGACAUUUGACAGCCAUUCUAUGAUUUUUGAGCCCAGUAAUGCAUACAUGAAUUGGCCCAUCACUUCCGAUCCAGAGUGUGAGCAUGAUGGAACUGUAUUUCUUACACUGGGCAACUAUCAAUAUGGCCAAUUACUUCACAAACGACCGAGAGAAAUCACACAAAAUAUGCCAAAUGACAUUUGUAUGGAGACGCUAUGCCAUCCACUCAUACAAUCCAAUGGUGUGCGGUGCUCAAAUCAAAACAUUCGAAUGAUUGAGUGUGGAAUUGCACAAACAUUUUUAGUCACCAUUGAUAAUUUAGUAUAUGUAUCUGGAAACAACUUUUUUGGACAGCUCGGAUUAAAUCAUGCCAAGACAGUCUAUGAGCCUGUAAGGUUAAAUUUUGCAUUUGAUUCUCAGAUUAUUGAGGUUGUCUGUAGCCAGUUUCACACACUCUUUCUCACAGCAAAAGGCUCUGUGUAUGUUUGUGGUUACAAUUAUUACUCUCAAUUGUCAAGUCUUUCAGAAAAUUGGGUGAUGGAACCCACAUUACUGAAAGAUUUAGAUACAAUUCAUCAUGUAUAUUCUGGACAACGAUUUACUUUAUUCCAAACUCAUGAUGGAACAAUUCUACUGAAUGGAGAUAUCGAAGAAACAAACCUUCCUGUAAAUAGAAAACCUGUUUUUAUACAAGACCCAACAGAUCCUAUUCGACGAGUUGCAUGUGGUGACUGUCAUUUUGUAAUUUUGACUCAGCUUGGAAGAGUAUAUGUUUGUGGAAGAAACUAUUCUGGAGCUCUGGGAUUAGGUCAUACUGAAGAUGUAUUUGAGGUUACAGAGCUUAAAUACAAGGAAAUUGUAAAUACAGAGUCUAUAAUUGUGGAUGUUCAAUGUGGUGACUCUCAUACCAUGUUUCGAACAAGAGAUGGCCAUAUCUAUGGUUGUGGUUAUAACACGAAAGGUCAAUUAGGUAUUCCAGGUUUCGAAAAAGAAAAUUUUGUCUCAACAGUUACAGACCUCAAAAUUCAUGAAUAUACAGGACGCAGAAUCACAGAUGUGAGGUGUGGUAGAGAAUGUACGGUCUUUCUAUCCGACAAGAAUGAAAUUUUCAUUAGUGGCCAAUUAUGGAGGGAUCAAUGCUUUCAACACAAGCCAACAAAAUUUCAUCAUCCAAUAUUUGAAAAGAAGAAUAUUUGCAGCAUGGCUGUUGGUGGCUAUCACAUGAUUAUUUACUUGGAAGACAAAUUUAUUAAGGACUAUUCCAUAGAAUUUGAAGACGAAAUUAAUGCCACCUAUCAAAUCAAACUCUCCAACAUUACAAGUAUUGAAUCAUUUAUUGACGGCAUUGAAAAACAUGCCAAGUUAGAGAGAAAGAGUAGAAAACAAGUGUACUACUUGGUAUGGAAUACAAACUUCAACAGGUUUGAAUUCAUUUGCAAUAUUCGAACCAUUCCAUCUCAAUGUUUUAUCAAGCGAAUGAUUGGUACUCUCUCAGAAGUUGUUUCACGAAUUGAACCAAGCUAUAAUGUCGAUUCCUUUGUGGGCAUGUAA